ACAAGAUGGUUGUCAAAAAUGUUGGGAGAAGAAAAAUACCGGUACUAAAUAGUAAAUUUUGCUUGUGUAAAGCCUGAACUUUUCACAAUGAAUCGACACCAGGUUUUAACUGGUGCUGUUAAUCCUGGAGAGAAUUGUUUUGCUGUCGGAUAUGUUGAUGGGGUGCCAUUUACUGCUUACGCAUCAGGCUGCGAUAUUGUGAUUCUCGAUAGCAACCUCAAACAUGUGCAGGUUAUUCCUGGGGCGAACCAUGGAAAUAUCCAAGUUGGAUGUAUUGAUUGCUCAGCUGAGAAUGGCAAGGUUGGUGGACAUUUCUUUAAUAAUGCAUACAUUAAUAGAAUAUAACAUCCAACAAUUGUUUGCAUUGCACGUUUUGUGUUACCGAAAGUAAAUAACAAAAUCAAAUGAGCCUUUGACUCUACUGGUGAACAUCAAACAUGAUAGACUCUUUAGAGUCAAUUAUAUUUGACAUCCUCAGCAAAUUAACUCCAUUCAAUAUCAGGUUAAUAUAAUACAAUUUUAUUUGAGCCAUGAGGUUUUAUAGUUGAUUGAUUGAUUGAUAUUUAUUUACAAUUUUUUAUGUAUUCUUUUGGGUAAGUUGGUUAUCAUACUGAUCAUCCACAAACAUUGAAAACACAAAACAGCAAUAAACAACAAUGAAAAAAUGCAACUGAGUACAGAUGGGACACAUCAAAUUUAGAAUUGUUAUAAUGGUGAUAAUGAUAAUAACAAUGUUUGUGCAAAAAUAUGCAUUCUUGGUAUCCUGUAAUGUUACUACUCACAUACUAUCUAUA